AUUCAUAAACAUCCACUCGACCGAUCUUGCCACACUCAAAUCUCAGUUGGCGGCUCCCAUACAUAUCAGCUUACUUAAUAUAUUACAAGUUACAAGCCUUCCAGUAGAAAGUAAGAGUGGUCGGUGUCAUGUGUUAAAUUGUUUUGGGCUGCUUUUGGUACUUGUACUUAAUCAAAAUGUGGUGGAAUUACGGACUUGUAGUACUACUGGCGGUGGUUUUUCUAGGAGAAGCUACGCAAUGCCCUUCUAAGUGUCAAUGUUACAAAAAAUCAGUGAAAUGUAUUAAGCAAGAGUUGACCAAAGUGCCAAAAACUUCUGCACAAACCACAUUUCUGGACCUCCGGUUUAACAAGAUAGAAGAGAUUCCUUCGGCGACGUUCAGCGAAAACAACAAAUUGGUUACUUUACUUCUUAACUCCAAUCGCCUUACAUCAUUGCAAGAAGGCGUCUUCGAUGGACUUGACAAUUUACAACAUCUUUAUCUUUACUACAAUAAGAUUCGAUUUAUACAUCCGAACGCCUUCAAAGGACUUACAAAAUUGGAAAGAUUAAACCUCUACCACAACCGUUUGAAGCAUCUCCCAGAAGAAGGUUUUCAACAUUUACCAAGUCUGGAGAAACUUCGUUUGGAUCAUAAUGCCUUGGUUUGCAAUUGCGAUAUGUUAUGGUUGUCGCAGAUGUUUGCUACUAAUUCCGUGGAAGGUUCGGCGCAUUGCAAAUAUCCCGUAGAAAUGCAAGGAAUGCCUCUGAAGGAAGCAAACGCAGAACACCUACACUGCGAGUCUGGAUUAAUAAAGGAAGGACCACGAGACUUAAAAAUAUCCUGGGGUCAAAAUGCCGUUUUCACCUGUAAAGUCUACGAUCCAUCAGUAUCGAUCUUUUGGAUGAGAGACGAACAAGAAUUGACUCCUGAUCACCAAAAAUAUAUUAUCAUGGACAACGGAUCACUUCUUAUCCAAAACGCCAAUGAAAACGACGACGGGUAUUACGAAUGUAUUGUGAAAAACACCGAAAAGGAAGAAAAGUCUGCCCCAGCUAAGAUGGUGGUGGAAAAACCACAAGAAUUGCACGAAAAGUAUUUUGGAUCUCCUAAAUUUACACAAUCACCAGCAAACACUUACGCUUCCAUCGGAGACCCCGAAAUCAUAUUGACGUGUAAUGCUGAAGGAAAUCCCAGUCCUGUGAUAAAGUGGGCUAAAAAUGGCAUCAGACUACCACCAUCUAACAAGCAUAUCUAUCUGAAAGAUGGAUCAUUAGUGGUAAAAGAUAUCGAAGCAACAGAUCAUGGUAGUUACCAAUGUGAAGCGAUCAAUAAUAGGGGUAGAGUGAAAGCUGAAGCCAACAUUAUCAUUAGAGCUCCACCAGUGUUCAGCAUACAACCUGAAAACAUCAACACUCAAAUUGGAAACAACAUCAAACUGGAAUGUGUCGCUUCAGGUACUCCCAUCCCGGAAAUAACUUGGUUCAAAAACGACGAAGAAGUUCUUCCCAAUGAUGCUGGUGGUAGAGUUAACCUCAGUGAAGAUAGAACUUUAUUAGAAAUUACUAAUGUUCAAGAAUCUGACACUGCUCUGUACGUUUGCGAAGCUUGGAACGAUGUUGGAAUGCGUGAAGUUAGCGCUUAUGUCCGAGUGGAAAACACUUCGUAUAAACCGGCGAAGUUGGUGUAUAAACCGAUUAAUAUUGAAGUAUUUGUUGGUAGUACCAUAGAGUUACCCUGCAAAGCAACAGGUGAUCCUAAACCUGGAAUUACCUGGCAAAAAGACGGAUCAUCUAUGCAAAGAACUGGUCGAUUUAAGGUUGCUUUAAACGGUAAUUUGUACAUUUACAAAGUGGGUCCCGAAGAUCAAGGCAGAUAUGAAUGUACAGCUCUUAAUGAUUAUGGUAGAGACUCAGCUUCUGGUUACGUCACUGUUAAGAAAUUAAAGGAUCCUACUGGUGUUGGUAUCGGUGAUCAAUAUGUCAAACUAGCAUUUGCCGAAGCUACUGAAGAAGUAGACCGUGCUAUCAACCGAACUUUGGACAACCUUAUCAAAAAUAAAGACACCCGUAACCCUGGAGAGCUUUUCAGACUUAUUAGAUACCCAGAUGCACCAGCCAGGGAACUGGCUAGAGCUUCUGAAAUAUACGAAAGGACAUUAACUAACAUCAGAAAGUACGUACAAGCUGGUAAUCUGACCUUGAAUUCCACAGCCGACUUUGAUUAUAAAGAACUUUUGUCCUCGGAGCAUUUGGACAUGAUCGCUAGAUUGUCAGGUUGUACUUCUCACAGACUUCUCAGAAAUUGUUCCAAUAUGUGCUUCCACUCAAAGUACCGUGCUGUAGAUGGAACGUGCAACAACUUGCAGCACCCAACUUGGGGAGCAUCUUUAACCGAAUUCAGGCGUAUCUUAAAACCGAUUUACGAAGACGGUCUUCAAAAACCAGUUGGUUGGAUCAAGGAUAAGAAAUAUCAUGGAUAUACGAAGCCAAGUUCUAGAUUAGUUUCCACAACGUUGAUUACUACGACAAAGAUUACUCCUGAUCCUGAAAUAACUCAUAUGGUUAUGCAAUGGGGUCAAUUUUUGGAUCACGACUUGGACCAUGCUUUACCGUCUGUAACGUCUGAAAGUUGGGAUGGAAUUGAUUGUAAGAAAUCAUGUGAUUAUAGGGCGCCAUGCUAUCCCAUGGACGUACCAGAAAACGACCCAAGAGUUACAAACCGACGAUGCAUAGAUUUUAUUCGAACCUCAUCCAUCUGCGGAUCUGGCAUGACAUCCGUCUUCUUCGAUUCCAUACAACCUAGAGAACAGAUCAACCAGUUAACCUCUUACAUUGAUGCCUCACAAGUGUACGGAUUUUCAGAGGAGUUGGCCAGUAAUUUAAGAGAUCACAACACUAACUGGGGUCGAUUGAGGGAAGGACCAAUCUUUCCAGGCAAGAAGGCAUUAUUACCGUACGCCGAAAAUCAAGGAAUUGAUUGCAGACGCAAUCUCACAGAAAGCACCUUAAACUGCUUCGUCGCUGGUGAUAUUAGAGCCAACGAGCAAGUAGGACUUCUAGCAAUGCACACAAUCUGGCUGCGAGAGCAUAACCGGAUAGCGAAAGAACUUAAAAUUAUGAAUCCCCACUGGGAUACUGAUCAGCUCUAUCACGAGGCUCGCAAGAUAGUAGGAGCCUCCAUGCAACACGUUACUUACAAACAGUGGUUGCCUAUUAUCAUAGGAAAAAAGGGAAUGCAGAAGCUGGGAGAAUACCAAGGGUACAAUCCCAAUAUUAACCCUUCUAUUUCUAAUGUGUUCGCUACCGCCGCUUUACGUUUUGGCCACACUUUGAUAAAUCCAGUCUUGCACCGUUUGAACAGCGAUUUUAAACCGAUUAGAGAAGGAAAUUUGCCACUUUCUAAAGCGUUUUUCUCGCCAUGGAGGCUUGUUGAAGAGGGAGGAAUCGAUCCUUUACUUCGAGGUUUCUUCACGGUCGCCGCAAAAAUAAAAAAACCAGAUGAAAAUCUCAACUCUGAAUUGACGGAAACACUGUUUCAAGCAGCUCAUGCAGUUGCUCUUGACCUAGCAGCAAUGAAUGUACAUAGAGGAAGGGACCAUGCUCUGCCUGAGUAUCUUGAAUACAGAAAGUUCUGUAAUAUGACACCUGUAAACAGCUUUGACGAUCUAAAGUAUGAUAUUAGUGAUGCGAAUGUUAGGAGGAAAUUGCAAAAUUUGUAUGGUCAUCCUGGAAACAUCGACGUGUUUGUUGGAGGAAUUUUGGAAGAUCAAAUUGAUGGAGGCAAAGUAGGUCCACUUUUCCAAUGUAUCUUGAUCGAGCAAUUUAAACGUCUUAGAGACGGUGACCGUUUUUACUACGAAAACCCAUCAGUCUUCAAACCAGACCAAUUAGCUCAAAUCAAACAAUUUAAUCUUGCCCGAGCCAUUUGCGACAACGGUGAUAAUAUUACCAGAAUAACCAGAGAUGUUUUUAGACUACCAGAAAUCCAAGGAGGAUACGUUAGCUGUGAUCAACCACCAAAAGUAGAUUUGCGGUAUUGGUACGAAUGCUUUGCAGAUUGUCAGUAUUUUGAAAGAUCGGAGAGAGGAUGUCACGUUGACUUCAGAACUGAAAAAAGGCACGUAUUGGCCAAAAGGGAAGCGCCACCUGGUGCCUUGAUUGCGAACGAAACCAUAAACGGUGAAGAAAUAACUAUGUUGAAGUCUAGGAUUAGUGUUUUAGAACAAGACAUUGAUGAUAUGAAAAAUAAUUUGAAAGAGUAUGAUAUUUAUGUCAAGAAACUAAAACAAGAUGCUGAAAAUUAAUUGUAUUUUUGUCAAUCGCUCAGUUUUUUUUGUUUUCUCAGGUCAGUUUUAUUUUUAACUGUUAAUUUUUUGUAAAUGCUAGUGCUGCCAUUAAAUAUUUAAUUUUUU